AUGGAGAGAGCGGACAGGACGUCGCUCUCGGAUCCCAGGAGGCGCAGAGACGCGAAGCUCCACGGGAAGCAGCAGACUAUGAGGGCCGAGCGGCACCGGGGGCCCCUCCACCUGCACAGGACCCUGGUGGUUCUCAUAGCUCUGASCGUCCAGCCGCAGGUCAUUGUCCUAUUAGAGGACCUUGUUGUCUCUGUUUCCUCUCUCUGGCCUCAGGACGUCUGYGCUGCGGGGAUGUUCGAGCUCCAGAUCCGUCACUUCCAGAACCCCCACGGACUCCUGCAGACCGGGGACUGCUGCGACCCGCAGGCCAGCGGCGGGAAGCGCUGCUCCGCCCGAGACCAGUGCGACACGUUUUUCCAAGCCUGCCUCAAGGAGUACCAGGCCCGCGUGGUCCCCACAGGAGCCUGCACCUUCGGCUCGGACAGCACGGGGGUCCUGGGUGGAAACUCCCAGCUGCUCCACCACCGAGGACACGACAGAGGAGGAGGAGGUGAAGAUGGAACUAAUGGACACAUUGUCAUUCCCUUCAAAUAUGCCUGGCCAAAAUCCUUCUCUCUGGUGUUGGAGGCUUUGGACUACGACAACGACACAUCAGAAACAAGUCAGCUGAUCGAGCGAGUCCUCGUCUCCUCCAUGUUGAACCCGGGUGAGCAGUGGCAGACGUAUCGUCACCACGGGCACAUUCUCAACAUGGAGUACCGGCUUCGCUUUCUGUGCGACUCUAACUACUACGGUCCUUUCUGCAACAAGUUCUGCCGGGCCCGAGACGACUUCUUCGGUCACUUCAGCUGCGACCUGAGUGGCUCCAAGGUCUGCAUGGAGGGCUGGACGGGUCCAGAGUGCAAAGAAGCUGUAUGUAAGCAGGGGUGCCAUCACGUCCACGGUUUCUGUACAGUACCUGGAGAAUGCAAAUGUUAUUACGGCUGGAAGGGUUCUUUCUGCGAUCAGUGUGAGACGUUCCCCGGCUGUGUGUACGGCAGCUGCACCGAGCCCUGGCAGUGUGUGUGUGACGUCAACUGGGGAGGACUGCUGUGUGACAAAGAUUUGAACUACUGUGGCACCCACCAGCCGUGUAAGAACGGCGGGACCUGCACCAACACCGAGCCCAACGAGUACCAGUGCGAGUGCCAGGAGGGCUUCCGAGGMCGAAACUGUGACAUCGUGGAACAUGCAUGUUUGUCAGCUCCAUGUGCGAACGGMGCCACCUGCGUGGAAAACCCAACGGGCUUCAGCUGCACCUGCACCGACGGCUGGACCGGAAGCACCUGCGCAGACGCGGUGAGGCAGUGUGAUCGCAGCCCGUGUGGGCGAGGAGCGACGUGUCAGGAGGCUGCAGGAGGUUUCCGGUGUCUCUGUCCACCUGGAUGGACCGGCAGGACGUGCCAGCUGGAUGCCAACGAGUGUGAAACGAGUAUUUGUGUCCACGCCCGCUCAUGUCGUAACCUGAUCGGUGGAUACCUGUGUGACUGCCUUCCAGGAUGGACCGGCUUGAACUGUGACAUCAGGAACAGCAGCUGUCAGGGUUUGUGUCUGAACGGCGGACGUUGCGAGGACCAGCUGUCAGGGUCCAGAUGCUUGUGUCUGUCUGGUUUCAAUGGAAAAUACUGCCAGAACAGUGUGAGUCCCUGCGACAGCGCCCCCUGUCUGCACGGAGGACAGUGUGUGGAGACGGAUGGACGGACACCAACAUGCAACUGUCCCACGGGACAUUCAGGAAUCUUCUGUGAGGUCAUUUUGGACCUAUGUAAUCCCAACCCCUGCCAGCAGGGGGUGCAGUGUCACAGCAUAGAGGACAGGUACAUUUGUGCGUGCCCUGCUGGUUUUUAUGGCAACGAGUGUGUGAGCCUCAAAAACCCUUGCAUUGGUCAACAUUGCUCAGGUGCCAUGUCUGACACAACCCACGGGGGUCUCAGCUUCCACAUGAUCCUAUUGGGGGUCUUAGCCCUGGUGACGAUCUGCGGCUGUGCCGUGUGUGCGUUCACCCUCUCCCACCUCCACCGGAAGAGGAACAAGCAGCAGUCGGUCCCGCAGGAGGAAAGCAUCAACAACCAGAGGGAGUUCGUCAACCUGAUCAGAAACGUGGACCGUCCCGUUCCCCUCGUGGACCCCGCCGACGCCGCUCCCGCUCACCCACCGGCCCCUGCUCCCGUCUCGCGUUGCUACGAGGAGAUUGAACUGACCCUGCCGCCUUCCCCGGCCCCUUCGCACCCCUCCCCAGCGCUGAAACCAGCCCACGCCCCCAAACUAGACAUUUCAAACCGAGAACGGGAGAAGCUGAACCGAUUCCACAGCACAGACAAUCAGGAACUGGAGGUUUGACCCUGUCUUUGGACUUCUGAGCCCCUCAGGAGCUUAACUGAAUUCAUUUUGAGUUUUUAGCACUUUUUGUUGACAGGACCCAGGUCUGGUUACCUGCUCCACACAGGUAUUAUCAGUGGGGAAACCUUCAUGAGCUCAGAAGACGACUCUCGGCGGACACUUGAGGAUCAGAGAUGCUGCUAAAACCUCACUAAGUCGUCAUUUUGAGCACAUUAUGGUGGCUAAAAGAGGACGCAGGUGAUCUCUGAAUGAAAGACUUCAUCUGAGCAUCUGAAGAAUAACCGUGGAGUGCCUGCGAUGUAGCCUCUCAUGCUCCAGUCCACCACCUGACUGGUGUCCAGAACUUUAUUUCUGUUUUAGUGAAUGGAUGCCUGUUUAGCACUUAAUGUGAUUUUUGUGUGGUUGGCUGUUUGUGAGCGUGGCUGAGGAUGAACGAAAGAAUGUAAAUUAUGAGUGUAUGUGAGGAGAAACAAUAAAGACACAUACUUAAAAGAUAAGUUGUUAAUCUUGUCAAAAAGCGAGUUUUCAUGCUCGUAAAUGAAAGGCUUAUAAGCCUUAUGUUUUUAAACUACACACUGUUGCCUGUAUUGUUUUUGUAAUGCAGUUUGUCAAGGAUGUCUGAUUUUUGUUUUCAUACCUGCGUGUAAAGAAAAAAAAAAGCUUAUUUGUACAUAAAUAUCUUGUACAUAUUGAUGCUCUUUUUGUACUGCUGUUCAGUAUGGAAGUAUUUCUGUAUUACUUUGUCUUUUUUUUUUCACUUUACAUUCAGAGCGACCAGCAAAUGUGGAUUGUAAUAAAAGUGCAUUUACCAACCUUA